AUGACUAAACAUAAUAAUGAAAGUAGAAUUUCAAUAGAUGGUCAAUUUAUAUGUCGUCCAUCGAAUCAAUCUUGUUCAUUUAUUUAUCAAUUACCUGAUGUUAUUUUACAACGUAAGCGUGAUCGAAAAAUACCAUAUGCAGAAACAUUUAAUGGUAUCAUACUUUUUGCUGAUGUAUCAGGUUUUACAGAAAUGUGUCAAAAAUAUAGUAGUGAUGUUCAACGUGGAGUUAAUCAAUUAGCUAAUGCACUUAAUGGUUAUAUGGCACCAAUUGUUGAAGCCAUAUUAAGAGAAAAAGGAGAUGUUUAUAAAUUUGCCGGUGAUGCUGUACUUGGUUUAUGGCCAUUUCAAAAUAAUUCUAUUGAACAUAAACGUGAACAAGCAAAAAGAGUUAUAUCUUGUGCUUUAUAUAUGAAAAAAUCUUUAUGUGAUUAUAUGACACCAAUUGGAACUGUUUUAAAUAUUAAAAGUGCUAUUGCAAUGGGUUCUUAUUCGAUAAUAUUUCUUCGUGGAACUACUUCAGCUUGUUCAAAACUUCUCGAUGAGUAUGGACUAAAAACACAACCGUCAAUAAAAAAUACGAAUUCUUAUUCGGAAACUGCAAAAAAAAUGAAUUCUGGAAAACAUCAAUCGACAAAUUAUAUAACUAAAACAGGAUUAACUGAAGAAAUGAUCGAACAUUGUCGAACUAAUCUUGUUAAUUAUUAUGUUUGUUAUGGUAGUGCUGUUGUGAGUGCUAGAAAUGCUGAACAUGAAUGUAAGUCUCAAGAUAUUAUUGUCGACAUGGCUACAUGGUUACUUCUUGAUUCGGAUUCAGAAUAUAUUCAUGAAAAAUUUACUGCUGAACAUGAUGAUGAAGACAUUGAAAUUCCAUCACGUUCUUCAAAUCAUCAAAGUGAAAUGAUCGGUCAAGGUCCAUCAAAUAUAAUUGCAACAACAAUUAGUAAACGUCUUACACCACCCAAUAAAAAUCGAGAAGCUGUUCCUAUAAGAAAAAUACUUUCUCAUUGUAAGAAUAUUUCCACAAAGAAAACAAUAGUUUUUAACAAGCAAUUAAAUUUUAAAGAUAUUCGACUUCAUGGUCGUCGAAAUGAUAUUCCAAAAGAUAAUGAUUUAUCUGAUAGUUAUUCAAUUAUGUCUGCAGAUUCGAUAGAACCAAAUGAUAGUAAUGAAGUAUUAAAAAAACCUNAUUAG